AUGGACUUUAAAUUCCCUUCGACCGACUUGAAAGGUUGGAGGUUGAAAGUAGGCGAAGAUUCGCACGGGCAGCAGAAAUGGGUAUAUCUACGUGAUGAGAAACAGAGGGAGGAAUGGCCUCAGGAUGUGACUGAGAAAUACUGGCUAGGGCUAGAUACUGGAACACCGGAAUUACCUGAAGCAAAGACACCUUUAGAAGCCGCUCGUAAUGGCUAUAAGUUUUACAGGAAUCUGCAAUCUCAUGACGGACAUUUCUCCACCGAGUAUGGAGGUCCCCUCUUCCUCAUACCUGGUCUAGUUAUCGCUAUGAACGUCUGUGGACAAAAGUUACUCCCGGAACAAGAAACGGAAUUGAAGAGGUAUAUAUUGAACAAAAGAAGAAAAGAAGGUGGCUGGGGACUACAUACAGCAGCUCCACCGACAGUCUUCGGUACUGUGAUGAACUACGUUGCGUUACGUAUAUUAGGGAUGGGUCCUGAUGAGGGUCCGAUGACGGAGAUUAGAGCUUUGAUUCAUGAGAUGGGAGGAGCAACAGGUAUACCAACUUGGGGAAAAGUAUGGUUGAGUGUGUUAGGUGUUUAUGAGUGGGAUGGUGUAGGUAGUAUACCUCCUGAGAUAUGGCUGCUGCCUGAUUGGGUACCAUUUGCUCCUUGGAGAUGGUGGAUACAUGUCAGACAGACCUUUACGCCCAUGAGUUAUCUCUAUGGCUCUCGAUUCGUCGGUCCCUUCACCCCUCUUGUCUUCACCUUACGUCAAGAAAUCUACACUCAGCCAUACGAAACUAUCAGAUGGUCCGCUCAACAGAGCAACAUCAGCCCGUAUGACGUAUACUCCCCUCAUCAUCCUGUUCUCGAUAUCGCUCAUGGGUUCUUGGCAUACUAUGAGGCUAUGCCCAGUUUGCCAGGCUUAUCAUCUUGUUUACCUCUACGAAGCUCCGCUUUGAAGCGUGUAUACGAUCUGAUUCGAUACGAAGAUGAGAACACGGGAUAUCAGACUAUUGGACCUGUCUCUAAAGCGUUCAACAUGGUCUGUCGAUACGCGAAAGAAGGACCUGAUUCGAAAGCUUUCAAAAGCCAUUUAUCGAGAGUAGAUGACUUUUUGUGGUUGAGUAAAGAUGGAUUGAUGAUGAUGGGUACGAACGGUAGUCAACUUUGGGACUUAUCAUUUAUGGCUCAAGCACUUGUUGAGACUUCUCUAGCGGAUGAACAGGAAUUCAAGAAAUCGACUUUGAAAAUGUUAGAUUGGCUGGAUAAAGCUCAGCUGAGACAGGAUCCCAAAUGGUAUCAUGAGGAUUAUAGACAUCGGACAAAAGGUGCUUGGGCUUUUAGUACACCCGAACAAAGCUAUGUUGUGAGCGACUGUGUCUCCGAAGGUCUCAAAGCUGUCAUUGCCAUCCAAUCACUUCCCUAUGCCCCUAAGACCCUUGAUAUCGGACGAAUGAGAGAUGCAAUAGAUACGAUACUAUCAAUGCAGAACCCCUCUGGAGGGUUUGCGAGCUAUGAAUUACAAAGAGGAAGUACCAAGAUGGAGUGGCUCAAUGCUGCCGAGGUGUUUGGGAAUAUUAUGGUGGAUUACGAGUACCCUGAAUGUACAACUUCGGCCCUCUCUGCGCUGAAACAUUUCAGUAAACUUGAUCCAACUUAUCGUCAACAGGAUAUACAGAUCACUGUUGACAAAGCCAUAAAAUACAUACAUGAUGUUCAGAGACCCGAUGGAUCGUGGUAUGGUUCAUGGGGAAUCUGCUUCACCUAUGCUACGAUGUUCGCCCUCGAAUCACUUGCCAUCGCAGGUGAGACGUGCGCAAAUUCCGCGAGAGUAAGAAGAGCAUGCAAGUUCUUGGUUGAUAGACAGAUGGAGGAUGGUGGAUGGGGUGAGACGUAUAUGUCUUGCGUAACUAUGGAAUACGCUCAACAUGAACAGUCUCAAGUGGUGCAAACCGCUUGGGCAGUCUUAGCUCUCAUCUACGGUCAAUACGGGGAUAAAUCCGUCAUUGAAAGGGCUUGCAAAUUGAUCAUGAAGAGGCAGAAACCGGAUGGUAGAUGGGAGCAGGAAGAUACGGAGGGUAUAUUCAAUAAGAAUUGUGCCAUUGAUUAUCCUGCUUUCAAGUUUAUCUUCUGUAUCUGGGCGUUGGGAAGGGCAGACAAAUACCUGAAAAGCGAGAGUCAAUGA